AUCAUCAAUGCUUUCCAAGUUGGGUCCGAACCAUCGAUUCACACGCGGAUUGUGAGCCAAAUCGGUCCAGGAAUAAAACUUUGACCCGGCCGAAUCUCGAACCGGUUCGGUUGACCGAGUGAGACAUUGGUUUACAUAACGAAGCCGACGGAGGGGGAGACAUCGCUGAGCUGCGGCCGCGCGCAUUCGCCGGGAGCCAGAGCGUCACGCUCCGCCGCCACCUCUCGUCCGAUAACCUCCUCCUCGAUUUACCUCGAAUCGGUGACCUGCAAUCGUCAGAACAGCGAUUGAUGAGGGAGAACGGAGGCAGCAGCAGAAACGGCAACAUGCAGUUCUCCGAUCCCCUGAUGCGGCCGUCGGCCGACGACGAGGAGUUCCUGCGCCAAAGCAGCUCAUCUACCACGGCCAGCUCCUCUGGAGAGUACCCCAUGGCCAUGAGUGGCGAGAGCUCUCCUUUCGUCAUGUCCCCCUGGCACCAGUCGGCGUUGGACAACCCCCUGGACCUCGCCGGAGCCACCCCCCGCAAUGGCCUCAUCACCUCCCUCGUCCGCGAGGAGGGACACAUCUACUCCCUCGCCGCAGUGGGCGACGUCCUCUACACCGGCUCCGACAGCAAGAACAUCCGCGUGUGGAAGAACCAGAAGGACUUCGCCGGGUUCAAGUCCAGCAGCGGCCUCGUUAAGUCCAUCGUCGUCGCCGCUGACCGCAUCUUUACUGGACACCAGGACGGCAAGAUCCGGGUUUGGCGUGUGUCCCCUAAGAAUCCGACCGUUCACAAGAGGAUCGGGAAUCUACCACGCCUCAAGGACGUCCUCCGGAGCUCGCUGAAGCCUUCUAAUUACAUCGAAGUCCGGCGCCACCGCAGCGCCCUCUGGAUCCGCCACUCCGACGCCAUAUCCUGCCUCAGCCUCGACGAGAAACAGGGCCUGCUCUACUCCGGCUCCUGGGACAAGACCUUCAAGGUCUGGCGCAUCGCCGACUCCCGGUGCCUCGAGUCCGUCAUCGCCCACGACGACGCCGUCAACUCCGUGGUCGCUGCCUUCGGCGGGCUCGUCUUCACCGGCUCCGCCGACGGCACCGUCAAAGUGUGGCGACGGGAGCUUCUGGCGAAGACCACCAAGCACUCGCCAGUGCGGACGCUACUGAAGCAGGAGUGCGCGGUGACGGCGCUGGCCGUCAGCCCCGCAGCGCCCCUGGUCUACUGCGGCUCCUCCGACGGGUUCGUCAACUUCUGGGAGGGGGAGGCGCAGCUGGCGCACGGCGGAGUGCUCGGCGGCCACAAGAUGGCGGUGCUCUGUCUCGUGGCUGCCGGGAGCCUCCUCCUGAGCGGCUCCGCCGACAAGAACAUCUGCGUGUGGCGGCGGGACGGCGGGGUGCACUGCUGCCUCUCGGUGCUCAGCGGCCACACAGGUCCAGUAAAGUGCCUGGCGAUCGUGGCCGACGGCGAGGAAGAAGAGGUCGGAGGCGGAGGCGCGGCCAGGAGCUGGAUCGCGUACAGUGGCAGUCUGGAUAAGUCAGUGAAGGUGUGGCGGGUGUCGGAACAACCCCCGGAUGCGUUGCUGAGAGCGCCGAUGAACGUGCCGGCGGACCCCUAGGCUGUACAGCGGGGGCGUCGAUAGGAUGCCGCAAUCGUGGCGCGUCCCGCCACCAACAGUUGGUGGCUUAAUUAAGAUCAUUAAUUCUCGGUGUCAUUUCCAGCGGGAAUUUUCAGCAAAGCUUAAGCUAAUUAACAUCAAUCACAGCGAUGGAUGGUGGAGCGACGAGGGAGACGAGGCUACGACAACUCGACCCUGCGACUCGAACAGCAUGUUUUGGAUUCCUUUCGGAUUUUUCUAUAAGCAUGUUGGAGGCAUUUACAAAAUUAAUGCACAUUGUGAACUUGUUCGUACAGCUCA